AUGGACGUAUAUAUACUCAGUGCUUUGCGGUAUUUGCACGGUGUUGGCAUCAUAAAUACCGGUACAGGUGCGAGAAGACCAACCGACAGUGAAACUAAAAACUUUGUCGGAUGGAAUUCGGGAGGCCCGACGUUCGUUCGUUCAUCUCCGACGGGGGAAGGGAAGUAUGAUACGGUAGGAAACUGUAGAUAAGUCAGUUACCGGUAGUCUUGGCUCCCCGGCAACUUUUCCUUUCCUUUCCUUCCUUCUUUUUUAUCUUGAAGUUAUGGUAGCAAUAAGCUAUCAGCUAUCAGCUAUCAAACAAUCGCAACGAUGCCAAUAAAUCGGUGAAUGAACCAAUCGUUAUGGUUUGUGUGCACAGCCGACUCGAGUACGAUGGACUUGCCGAGGACGGCAACUCUACCAUACUCGAGCACGGUAGGAUAGGACGGGACGGGACGGGACAGGCCAGGAUAAGACAAGCAGUGCUCGAGUACCGAUAUGAGCGAUGAGGGAGGGAGGAGGAAAACAUGAUUCGGUUGAUAUGAAGCGGAAUUAGCAUGUGCUCAUGAUGUGAGCCGCUGCUAUUGUAUUUGUAUUGUACUUCGUACCGGUAUCGCUGAAGCAGAAUUUGCCGGUUUUCAUCAUUCAUUGAUCGAUUGAAUCGGAUUGAUCGAGUGAUCGAGAGCUAUGGCGAACACAUCAAA